AUGAAUACCAAAAGAACAUUCCUUAUUCUUACAUUAUGUCUUCUUGCGAAUUUCCACAGGCUAUCCAGCGCGGUGAAAGCAAGGAAGGCACACAGUGAUAAUCUAGAAAAAGUGAAGUCCCGAGCAAAGAUAAGACCCCAAAAUUCUACACCAUAUAAUACAAAAUCAGCAAGCCAUACUCGUAAUCAACACAGUAAUGCAUAUAAAAAAGAAAAAAGCCGCAGUAGCGGAGACAAAAUAUAUACCAUUAAGGAAAAGAAAAAAGCCUUAAUAAAGAUACGAGACAAUCUAAUAGGCUAUCUUUUAAACACCGUCCCCAAGGAAAUAAAAGACAUCCGAAUAAAAAUCUCUACACAGGAGCAGGCAAUAUCCACACUAGACAAGAAAUAUAUAAACAUUGCCCUGCUCGCCAUGUUCGUUAUAGGGUGCAACAUGGCAUUAUACGGCGUAGAGUAUAAAACGUUCAAUGCGUUUGUUCUUGUAUGGUAUUAUUUAUUUAAAACAGUAUAUCAUCAAAUAACAGAGAUUAAAAACAUGCCCUGGAUAAACAUAGUACUUGGGAAUGUUCUAUUUGAGAAAAUCUGUAAAUAUACAUCUAACAACAACAAUAGCAUGGCUAUCUCGUCUGUUAUGUGUUUAUUACUGGCAGUAGGCCUAUGCUGGUUCAUAAACAUAUCCUUUAGAAUGAUUGUUUUGGGAAGCGUUCUAUCUUUAUCGCUGUAUGUUAUGCAGAUAGUUGACCUAUGGUCUAUUGGCGCCGAGAGAGGACUGGGCGCUCUUAUCUUCUUAGUUGUAUUUGUGCUUAUUUUUUAUAAAUUCUUGCACAAAAAUGUUGAAAGAUACAUGUUUAUUGCUAUAUUUGCAUUUUUCAGCUCUGUUUUAAUAUUUCUAUCUCUAUCAGAGAUUCUUUUACUUGGGUUCGUGAUUCCUGCAAUUGUUUUAAACUAUACUACCGAUGCCAAGGAGAGCAAUAUUUCACUUAAUAUGGAGUUUUUUUCUUUAGGUGUCAUAAUGCUAGUUUCAUGUGGUAUGCAGGUGUAUAAAACAUAUAAGAAAAAGUAA